GCUAAUCUGUUAGCCUAAUUUUCACAUUUAAACACAUAUUCAGACAUAUAAACGCAAGACGCGAACGAAGAACUGACAACGAGCCUCAUAUGAGCAUGGUUUUAAUUAUUCCUGCAUUCCUUAAAAGCAACACCAGUCACUUGACCAACAUGGCGACCUGCAUAGGCAUGGUUACAAGAGUUGGAGCUAUUACAUUUACUCUACUACAGCCGAUAACCAGACGAUGUUCAAAGCGGAGGAUAAACGUGUUCAUCUCGCAACGCUUUUCGCAUGUAGCCCGAAGCAGUUUGUACGAGCAUGUCCGUGAAGGUUACAGCGACAAGCCGGAGCUGGACAUGAGAGCCGUGUGUGAGGAGACCGACAAAGUCAUCGCUAAUGUGGAAAGCAGGAAGGGGGACCUGCGAGGGGACGAUGUCAGGAAGAUUGUGUGUGUGUGGCAGGAGCUCCAAGCAGUAAGGACAGAAAUCUCUGAGCUGGAAAAGGACAAGAAAUGCAUCAGUGAGACAGUCAAAGCACUAGUGAGCAAGAAGGACAAAAAGGCUCUUCUUAAUCUUCCAGAGUACACCCAAGCCCUGCAGAAGGGUCGGGAGGUCCGCAACAGGCUGAAUGAGCUCUACCUCAGAGAGACUGAACUGGAUCAGGAACACUACAGCCGAGCACUUAGACUGCCCAACACCACCCACCCCGACGUGCCAGUUGGAGAUGAGAGCCAAGCCAGGGUGGUGGAGUUUGUUGGACAGAAAGCAGAGUUUGACUUCAAACCAAGAGGCCACGUAGAGCUGGGGGAGGAGUUGGGUCUCAUCAGACAGAGGCAUCUUUCUCACAUCUCAGGCCACAGGUCCUACUAUCUGAGGGGAGUGGGAGCCAGACUUCAAACUGCACUCCAGAACUUCACCCUUGACACUCUGCAGCGACGGGGCUUCAUUCCCAUGGUUGUGCCUGACAUGCUGAAGGGUGCAGUAUUUGAGGGCUGUGGGAUGCAACCCAAUGCCCAUCGCUCUCAGGUCUAUUCACUGGACCCAGCUCGCUUCCAGGACCUCAACCUGGCGGGAACUGGAGAGGUUGGUGUGGCAGGUUAUUUCAUGGAUCACGCAGUAAACUGGAAGGACCUUCCCGUCAGGACGGUGUGUAGCAGCACCUGCUACCGAGCGGAGACAGACACUGGCAGGGAGACAUGGGGCCUCUACAGAGUUCAUCACUUCAAUAAGGUGGAGAUGUUUGGAGUGACGGCUGAUGAGACGGGAGAGGAGAGCUCUAAACUGCUGGAGGAGUUUGUCUCUUUGCAAAAGGAGAUCUUUUCUGGUCUGGAGCUACACUACCGAGUGCUGGACAUGCCGACUCAGGAACUGGGUCCGCCAGCACACAGAAAGUAUGAUAUCGAAGCCUGGAUGCCUGGGAGGGGUAGCUAUGGAGAGAUUUCCAGUGCCUCCAACUGUACAGACUACCAGAGCAGACGCCUCAACAUCCUGUAUGAGAGGGAGGACGGCAGCCUGCAGUACGCCCACACGGUGAAUGCGACAGCAUGCGCCAUUCCCCGAACAGUUAUCGCCAUCCUGGAGACUCACCAGACCAAAAACGGAACGGUGAGCGUCCCCCGAGCCCUGCAGCCUUAUUUGGGUCUAGAAGUGAUUGAAAAGCCAAAGUAUACUCCCCUGAAAUACAUCGGACCCAACCAGCACACCCGCCCACCAAGGCCUGCUCCUAAGACCAGAUGAGACUCGUAAGUGGACUGUGCUGACACCAGCCGAGGUCCACUCACGUCUGAGGUGGAAACCAGCUCACUGAUAACACUCCGGAGUUGGAGAGAAAAGAAAUACUUAAUAAACAAUGGAGUCA